AUGACCACGACAGUGCCCAAAGUUUUCGCUUUCCAUGAGUUCACAGGGGUUGCUGAGGCCGUUGCGGAUCACGUAGUGAACGCUCAAAAUAUGGCACUUACCAAGGAACCGUACGCAAUUCGGAACGGUAGUAUCAGUGGGAGCGUAGGAAUGGGGGCUGGUGGUUCCGGUGUGUCCGCUGGUGCCAAUGGGUCGCUUAUGGUGCCCCAGUUAUCGGGAGCCGUGUCAAGACAGGCCAGUACUAGAAGCAUAUCUGGUCGUGAACCAAGCACACCAGCCAGCGGAGCAUCAAAUCCUAACAUCAGAGCGCCCAGCAGUAGUAAGCUGAAAAAAAUCAAGGAAAAACGUUUUAAAAUCGCACUCUCAGGUGGGUCCCUGAUUCAAGUACUACACGAAGGUCUACUCAAAAGACGGGACGUACAAUGGGGGAAAUGGGAUAUCUAUUUUGCAGACGAAAGAUUGGUACCCUUCAGUUCGCCAGAUUCGAACUUUGGGCUCACCAAAAGUAAAAUUUUGGAUUUUAUCGAUGUCACAGCAUAUGGGGCACCUCGUGUCUUCCACAUCAACGAAUCGUUGAUCGAGGACCCUCAAGAGUGUGCCGACGACUACGAGAAGGUGCUUAUAAAGGGCUUUGCUGGCAGAGACUCUGUGAAACUACCGAUGUUCGACCUUUUUCUACUAGGGUGCGCACCAGACGGCCACAUUGCGUCGUUGUUCCCCAAUUUCCAAGAGAACCUCAGAGAGAAUUUGGCAUGGGUCAUCCCGGUGACCAGUGCUCCCAGUGGACCUUCAAACAGAAUAUCAUUAACAAUUCCUGUGAUCUGCCAUUCUCACCAGGUAACCUUUGUUGUCGAGGGUUCCACCAAAGCCCCAGUUGUAAAAACGAUCAUGGAACGGCCGGAAAAAGGCUUACCCAGUAGUAUUGUUAAUGAGGGAGCCGCUGGACGUGUGGCCUGGUUUGUUGAUGACGAUGCUUUGGCUGACGUCUUUGUUACGAAAAAGAAGUACAAAUUUUUGGUUCACUCGGAAGAGUCCUAG